CGGCCGAGAGAAGUGGGCGUGGCUGGCGGGAAAGAGAGCGCCGCUUAGUGUACGGAGUCCGCCGAGGCGCACACACAUUCUCAGCCGCCGCCGCCAUGCCGCCAACCGGCAACGAUGGGCUCCGGAGCCGGGUGCAGGAGAUGGUGGACCGGAACCCGGUGAUGGUGUUCAGUAAGAGCUCCUGUCCGUACUGCAUUAAGGUUAAAGAACUCUUUUCCUCCCUGGACAGAGAAUAUGUGGCUCUGGAGUUGGAUCAGUGUGAUGAUGGUAACCGUAUUCAAGAAGUCCUUUUUGAAAUGACUGGCCAGAGAACCGUUCCCAACGUCUUUGUAAAUAAAACCCAUGUCGGAGGAUGUGAUAGAACUCUUGAGGCUCACCGAGAUGGGACCCUGCAACAACUGUUGGACAACAAUGCUUCUGUCUCUUAUGAUUAUGACUUGAUUGUCAUCGGAGGAGGCUCAGGUGGCCUGGCUUGUUCCAAGGAAGCAGCUGCUCUGGGAAAGAAGGUCAUGGUCUUGGAUUACGUCGUACCCACCCCUCUAGGGGCGUCAUGGGGGCUCGGUGGUACAUGUGUAAAUGUUGGGUGUAUUCCAAAGAAACUAAUGCAUCAAGCGGCUCUCUUGGGUCAGGCACUGAAAGAUUCCAGGAAGUUUGGCUGGGAGUAUGAAGAGCAAGUGAGUCACAACUGGGAUACAAUGCGACAGAAUAUUCAGGACUACAUUGGCUCUUUGAAUUGGGGCUACAGAGUGUCUCUGCGGGACAAAAAUGUCCGCUAUGAAAACGCAUAUGCAGAGUUUGUUGAACCACAUAAAAUCAAGGCAACAAACAGGAAGGGAAAGGAGAGUUUCUUCACUGCAGCAAAGUUUGUUGUGGCCACAGGUGAAAGGCCCCGAUACCUGGACAUCCCUGGAGAUAAAGAAUUCUGCAUCACCAGCGAUGACCUUUUUUCCUUGUCAUAUUGCCCUGGAAAAACACUUGUGGUUGGGGCCUCCUACGUGGCGUUGGAAUGUGCCGGUUUUUUGGCUGGUAUAGGUCUCGAUGUAACUGUCAUGGUGCGAUCCAUAUUCCUCCGUGGCUUUGACCAGGAAAUGGCAGAGAAAGCCGGCACCCACAUGGAAACGCAUGGAGUGAAGUUCCUCAAGAAAUUUGUACCAACUGCUAUUGAAGAGCUGGAGCCCGGUACUCCAGGAAGGAUCAGAGUCGUUGCCAAGUCCACUGAAAGCGAUCAAGUCAUCGAAGAGGAAUAUAAUACUGUACUGAUUGCUGUAGGCAGAGACUCCUGCACCAAAAAUAUCGGCUUAGAGAAAAUUGGUGUUAAAAUAAAUGAAAGAAAUGGCAAGAUUCCAGUGAAUGACGAAGAACAGACCAACGUGCCUUACGUGUAUGCCAUUGGAGAUAUCCUGGAGGGAAAGUGGGAGUUGACGCCGGUGGCAAUCCAAGCAGGGCGUUAUCUUGCCAGGAGAUUGUAUGGAGACUCCAAUGUAAAGUGUGAUUACAUUAAUGUACCAACCACAGUGUUUACUCCAAUGGAGUAUGGCUGCUGCGGAUAUUCAGAGGAGAAAGCCAUUGAGGUCUUUGGAGAAGAAAAUCUGGAGGUCUACCACACUUUGUUCUGGCCUCUGGAAUGGACGGUCCCAGGACGGGAUAAUAAUCAGUGCUAUGCAAAGAUCAUCUGCAAUAAAGAGGACUAUGAGCGUGUUGUUGGAUUCCAUGUCUUGGGUCCGAACGCUGGAGAGAUCACUCAGGGAUAUGCGGCCGCCAUGAAAUGCGGACUCACUAAAGAGAAGCUGGACGAGACCAUCGGCAUCCAUCCAACGUGUGCAGAGAUAUUUACCACUAUGGACGUCACAAAAGCCUCAGGUGGUGACAUCGCGCAAAAGGGUUGCUGAGGUUAAAUCCUGCUGUUGACGCCACCCAUGAACGAUCUUCCGGUUGUGAGGCCGGUUCGGCUAAAUAGACUCCAGUAGAAGACUGUUGAGGCCACUUUGAACCAACAUGCAGUGCAGCCUCCAGGAGGAGUCGGUGAAGCUCGGUGACCACUCACAGGAGGAUUCUCGUGGGCGUUCGGUGUGACAGCAGGGUUCCUGAAACUUCUGGAUCUGUUUUGGAGCAGCAUUUAUUUUAUUUUCUUCCAGGAAUGCUGAUUAUGAAGUCAUUGCUUGUCACCUCAUCGAGGAGAGCUCUGACAGAUGUCCAAAUAUCUUCCAGAUCAUCUCAACUUUCUAGCUUGGAUUUAUUGUUUU